AUGGACAAAGUAGGGGAUGCAUCGAUCAAGCCGGCUUCGGAAAAUCGCAUUUUACCGAUUUCAAAGGCGAUCAGGCCAUUUGUCCGGUCGGUUCCCUCCAGACAUUCUCCCUUCUAUCACACAUGGCACCAUAUAUGUGAACUGUCACGAACAUACCAAUUGAGUAAGUUAUCGGUAUGUUUGUACACGUCUACCUGCACUCGUGUUAAAGAGAUUCCUACGUAUUACAACUCCUAUCCCUAG